CAACUAGAUAGCGAAGCUUUACACGGAUAAACAAAAAAGAGGUUCAAGAAAUGCUGAACUGCUCGUUCCAGGAACUGAGUGCGCUGAGUGGCUGAUUUCAGUUCGCAACGGUCGGUACGAUAAAGAUGUCCUUCCAUAAAAGUUAGCCGUCAACUUAGAACACGCAAAACAUCAACUACACAUGCAAUGUAACAAGUUGGACGGUAGAACAUCCUCAACUGACUGAUGCAAUUCUUCACUAGGCCUCACUCACACCGGACACGCUGACAAAUUCACGGCUGACAUUGCAAGAGUCCACUCAAUGUAAUUGGAUCAUUUUCGAGGACAAAAGGAGGAACAGCGAAAUCCAUUGGAUUGCGAUGAACUUCGUUGAUAUCAUUGCUGAUAAUUGUAGUGAAGAUUAAACUGAUGAAAUUGAACGUUCCAACUCAACCACGUUUAAAACAACACCGAACGAUUAUUCACGCUCAGUCAGCCUUCUUGUAGACCAAGACGCGUGGGUCGACAAAAACACUCCGCAGAGACUUCUAAUUUUAUACGUACGUAUAAAAAUAUUAAGACUCCAUAGUAAAAAGGUUGAAAUGUUUUUUUCGUGGAAAAUAUUCUAAUACUCCGGUAUGUUGAUGCGUGUGGAUGGGUGUGUGUGAUGCGGUAUGAGAGACCGUCGGUGAGAGCGCCGGACUAUAACAGUUCGGAUGAGACCACGAAUAAAGGAAGGACAGUUGCCAAGAGUACAUCAAAUUCGAAAUUUUAACACCUCGCACUUACCAAAUCCUGAAGAUAUUUUCCUUACGGACUCCAUAGUGCAAAAAUUUGAAUUUUUAGGAUGAAAUUUUUUUCCGUGGACAAUAUGUUUAAGGGUUAUUACCCCCUAAAUAUGCAUCUUUAACAAAGGCAAAGGGAUUCUCGCGACGAAAUCUCGACAAAAUUUUGGAUCUCGUCACCCGUCAACGUCUCUACUGCGAGGCUAAAACUGAGGCAAACUGUCAAGGGCGCGGCGGCUCCUUUAGGUUAGACUUUGGAAGUAGUACAAGCUCGGGAAAAUUUACAUUCCUGGUUUACUCAGUAUUACCUUUCUCACUCCUUCCAUCCUUUCCAGCCCUCGCGCUCGUGUACACACGCCUACCUGUAUGUGUCACGCACUUGGAAUGAUACGCGUGCUCGGUUUUUUCAAAUACACGCACGCACAUUCGUCCUCGAACAUUUGCCUAACGGAGUCGUAAAAAAUAUAAGGAUCCAUGGAAACACGAGGGUGCGAAGCAAAGUGCACGCCUUAGAUUUAACACACUAAACCUUUUACCCCAAGUACACGCAGGUUUCGUUUCGUUGUCAAAUUGUCGGGAGCGUCUCGUCCGCUAUGGUAAAAUAUUUACCCAACGUUAAUUACUUCGAUUCAUUGGUUACGGGGAUUCCCCCUGGACCCAGAGAAAGGAUAUACCCUCGAUCUCUUGUGCGUGCAUGAAUUUUGGAAAAUUCAAAAUCGCCCAUCUCUAAAUUCUAAAUUCACAACUCAGCCACGGAUUCGCUGCGAAAUUCCACCGGUCGAAUUUUCAACGUGCGAGCUUGCGCAGCUCGCGCCCAGAACCAGCCGAGUUGCAUCGCCUCGCGCUUCUCACUUGGGAAGCUAAUGUCAGUAGAGAACGCGCGCUCACCUCUCCACGUGCUCCGCGUUUCGGUUCUUGGUAAUUUCAAUGCGUUUUGCCAUUCACGAUAUCCCGUCAGUGUGUACGGUGAUUUAUUUUAUUUAUAUCGAUUUACCCGCGACAUAGGUAACCGUACGUAUGGCGUAGUGCACGAGCUUAUAAGUGUAUUCGUGAAAAUUUUCAACAAAUCGUACGAAAGAUUAACUUUUAAGUUCACGAGUUCGCUUCUUUAUCGUUCUGUAAGUUAUUGCUGAUAAGAGAUAUAUAUAAAGUAACACGUAACUUCGAAUGCUGUACGAAAAGUUCUAUUGUGUUCUUUGGAUUUUAUUUCGGUACAGUGUUUCGAAUAUUAUUCAAAACUUAUCGCGCAUUUACAAGGAGUGAUUUAGUGAUAAGUGUCUGUGAUUAGAGAAGCCUCUAUAGGCUGUCGAUCGGUACUACCGUGUUACUAUUACAUUAUAUUCCCGGACGGAAGUUCUUCGUCGGCAACUCAUUGUCAGUUUCCUGCCGCCCUGCAAGUUGACCGACAAUAUUUCAAGUCGGUGACCUGAAAAGAUUUUAAUUAAAAGCUCUAUUGUCAAAAUGGUCGACAGUCAAAACCGUCACCCGAGGUUGCUCCGUCAGGAUCGCUACCACGAUGUAACGCUCGAUAAGAUUUCAUCCGUGGACCGAAACCAACGUGACUCGACGCUCAGCCAAACGCGUAUAAAAAAUGAAUAUAACGUGCGUUGUCGGAAGUGCUUGGGCUGCUGGUUAGAGAGGAGGAUCAAAUUCAAAAUGGAGACACAGACGGAAAUGCCCGGAAACACGACAGUCGGUAGCACCGUCCAAGAGGAGGAGCUCCGUCGUAUUAUUGCGGAACGCGAAAGAAAGUGCAUGGAGCAGCUGGCUAACAACACGGCACCGCCCCCCCCGGAGCCAUACUGUCCCGGCAUAUUCGACGGAUGGUCUUGUUGGCCAAACACUCCUGCAGGAUCCAGUGCAAAUGCAUCGUGUCCUGAUUUCGUGACAGGAUUUGACACCUCCUUAAUGGCUUAUAGGGACUGCGAACCUAACGGCACCUGGUUUCGGCAUCCGGCAUCACAUAAGGAAUGGAGCAAUUACACGACAUGCGUGAAUUUCGAUGAUCUGAACUGGCAGCAGCAACUCAAUGUCAUCUAUGAGACCGGAUAUACGAUAUCACUGGUAGCCCUAUUGCUAUCAUUGGCCAUUCUCACGUAUUUCCGUUCUCUAAGAUGCGCCAGAAUUACUCUUCACAUGAAUCUCUUUGCCUCGUUUGCAAUGAACAAUGCUCUCUGGCUGAUCUGGUACGGUUUUGUCGUUGCUAAUACAGAUGUUCCACUGAACAAUGGAUUAGUCUGCCGUCUGCUCCACGUGCUUCUACAUUACUUUCUAUUGACAAAUUACGCCUGGAUGCUGUGUGAAGGAUUCUAUCUCCAUACCCUGUUAGUUAGUGCGUUUACCAGUGAACAUAAGCUUGUCAAAUGGCUGAUGUGUUUAGGAUGGCCAACGCCAGGCAUCAUUAUCAUAAUUUAUGCCUCGUUGAGGGGUGCCAGUAAUGAUCCUGCAGAUACCCUACAGUGCUGGCUCAGUGAGGGUAACUACAUGAAUGCUCUCUAUUAUCCUGUUUGCGUAUCUACUUUACUCAAUCUCCUGUUCCUCUGCAACAUCGUCAGAGUGCUCUUAACGAAGCUUAGAGCAGGUCCAGCCAUCGGAUCAAGGCCAUCCCGUUCCAUGUUACAAGCUUUCCGGGCCACCCUUCUUCUUGUACCACUUUUGGGUCUUCACUAUUUGGUCACCCCUUUUCGCCCAUCCAAAGGCCACCCUUGGGAACGGGCCUACGACAUUCUUUCCGCCAUUACGGCUUCCUUUCAGGGUCUCUGUGUAGCCGUACUCUUUUGUUUCUGCAACGGCGAGGUCAUGGCGCAAUUCAAACGAAAAUGGGAAGGAAGCGCAUUUGCUCGAAAACGUGCAAACUCCUGCACAGCCACAACAGUCUCGGUCCGAUGGCGGGAGAGGAGAAGGUGUGACUACCAAUCGGCAGCGGUGAUGGACCCGAAGGAGAUCAAAGUAUCCGAAAGUCCAUCGUCUUUGGGGAUAAGCACUACUCGACGCGGCAGUAACAAUCGUGCUCAAGUGCUCAUGAGACGUAAUGAUUCCUUCCACGAGUGUAAUCAGUAUCAGACGCAAUGUUGAUGAAGGUCCGGAAUUACGUGGGCCAUUUGUACUUUGAUUGAAUUGAACGAUAGUAAUGAAAGAAAAUCUUCAUUAUCAUUGCUGCUCUUAGUUUUGGUUAGGCAAUCAGUGACGUCCUGCCAAAAAAUUAUCACUGGGGAGUGACGACAUCGUUUCGACCUCAUCCGAAGAACAACGUGGAUUCAACUGCUUGAUCAACGAGCCGCGGGCUGUUAAUACGCACAACGAUUCUCCUAUUUAUGAUAUAUUUUAAUCCUAACAAAGAGUCUAUAUCUUGCGUAAAAUGCAUGUCCGUCAAUGAAUAAUUCAAUUGUUUGUGCUCCGGUGAUAUUUGGGAAUCGUUCGAUAUUCUAUGUAAUCGUUGCGAUACGUGGACGUAGCAGUACUAAGUGUUUUGCUUCUGUUCAGCUCUUUAAUUACUUUGCCAAAUUCUAAUAUCAGACUUAACCGUGUUAACAGUAGGAAUCCAAAAGUGUAGUGCAGUGUUUAUAAAUAUUGUGUAUUAACUCCAUAGACUGUAAACUGUCUAGAUUAUAUCCAAAACGCACCCCCUUGUUAUACUACUGAUAGUCCCAAUCUCUAUGUUGCAUAGUUUGUGUAGACCGGUAUACAAAAAUGGGCAAUAAUCUACAAGAAACUCAUUCAAAGCGUCUCGUUUAUCCUCAGAACUGAACCUUACUAAUAUUAGUUGCAUUAAUAAUUAUCAAUCGAAGCCUACAUACUCAUUUAAAAAAUCCUCUCAGCAGUGAAAUUUUGCCAAGUACCGAGUAUCGUACAGGCUCAAUACUCAUACAGUAACAGUUUCCCCUAGAGAGAAUAGAGUAACCGUCUAGUAAAUAUAAUAUAGUAAAUACCAAUGGGAAUCAUCAAUCUAUUCUACAUUCUGUUGCAGAAUGAGAAUUUCCCGUUUAAACAUACAAAAAUGGCGUGAUCCUCGAAAAUCUGCAUAUCAAUGUAAGCUUCGAUUCGAUCGAAUACGACGCCAUAAGACACCAGUACUUAUUGCAUGUGAAACACUUUUUAAAAAAAAAAGUAUAUUUUAUUAUUCGUUAGAUAAAAACUUAUAAAAAUUUACAGAAACUUCUUUCAAGGAUUCUAGUGUACGUACGUCUAUUAAAAAAUAUAUUGUUCAAUGUCCUGGACAUGUUUCUUGCGUCCUCCGUUGUCAUAUAUGAGUCAUCUUAUCGCGUAUAUACAUAACUAUGUACAAAUGAAUAAUUGACUCUCGUGAAAAUUAAUAACGAUUGCUUGCUCACGUCAAAUUAUGUAGAAUAUGUGUCUGCAAAAUUUAUCCGAGAGUGUUGUGCAGUAGUCUCGAGCCUUUUACAUAGAAUAUAAUGAGUCACAUAUGUAUAUAUAUAUAUAUAUAUAUAUAUAUAUAUAUGUAUAUAUAUAUAUAUAUAUUAAAUGUACAUAAGCAACGCUUCAGGAUAAACAUACGUAACCAGACACAUAAGGCGAUACGAUUUACGUAUGUAUGUAAUUUAAACAGACAACGUGAAAGUGCAAUCGCCUGGCGCUGUAAGCUUAUUAUUUAUAUAAUAGUAAAAAUAAACAAGUGGCGUUACAUGUAAAAUCUUAUAAUUGACAUAAGGGUCACACGAGAGCCGUAUUAAAUUUAAUGCCUGUACGGCGUAGUAUUGUUUUAAGCUGGGCUGAGACUCGUCUCUCCUAUCCUGGGGAAAAUCAAUCACUUAACUCAUAUCAUACAAGAAAGAAAAAGAAAAGAAGAAAAGUUAUAAUAUAUACUGGUAGAGCUUAGUUUUUAUACAGAGAUAUAAACUAUUAUAUAUGAAAUAUAUUUAAUAUAUAUAAAUAUAUAUAUUACAUGCCUAAGUCAUAAUAUGUCAUAGCGUAUACAUAUAUACCUUUCAUAUCCGUAACUGUACUAUAUAUAUUGACUGUUGAAAAAUUAUAGAAAAUUUAUCUAACUCGUAAAAACGAGCUUACGCAGUUUUAACUACGUCGUUUCCAGUUCCAGCCGAGAUUAAGAGAACCAAAGAUCAUAUAAUUGACUGUACCUAAUAAUAGAAAUACUUAUGUCUGCGUCUAUCCAGUACCUAUUCAAGUUAAUCCUUGAUCGUCCGUAAGUGCGACCAACUUGUAUAUAGAUUAAUGCAAUUCUUGUAUACGGAAUGGAGGAUGUUUUAUUAAAGAAUGUAAAAUCGAAUGUGAAAAGAGAAAAGAAAACAAAGAAAACUGUCCAGUAAUUGUUUAACACAAUUAACAAUGACACAAUGUACGAGAAUAAAGGUUGUCUUCGA